AUGCGGACUUACUGGGUUUGUGCUUCGUACUUCUGUUCGUUCGAUCGCGUUGCUCACCGGAAACCAGCCAAAAUGGGCUACAAGCAGGAGCUGCGGAGGCACUAUUCUACUCCCCAGAUCUUUGCUGUCGCAUUUAGUAUUAUGGGGCUUGUGCCGUCGAUUGCGUCCACUAUUGCCUUUUCCCUGCCUGCGGGGCCGGUUGGGAUGGUUUGGGGGUGGUUCACGGCUAGUAUAUUCAUUUUCCUGGUAGGGCUGGCUAUGUCUGAUCUCGCAUCGUCAAUGCCCACGGCCGGAGGGCUGUACUGGUGGACUCAUUACUUUGCCGGUGCCAAGUUCAAAAGCCCACUAAGCUUCCUGGUCGGAUAUAGCAAUACACUAGGCUUAAUAGGGGGCAUGUGUUCUGUUGACUAUACUCUCUCUCUCAUGAUUCUUUCCUGUGUGGGCAUUGCGCGAGACGACGACUGGUCUGCAUCUCGCGGUGUCAUCUACGGCGUUUAUGUUGCGCUGAUUCUUCUCCACGGACUCACCGGUGCUCUUGCUGGUCGUUGCAUGCCCCGGAUCCAAACCGCAUGCAUCUAUAUCAACAUCGCGCUUAUCAUCGCUACCGUCGUGGCAUUGCCAGUGGGGCGGAUCACUCGCGGCGGGUCGUUGAAUUCCGGGGAAUACGUGUUUCGCCAUAUGGAUAAUGAGACAGGAUGGCCUACCGGUUGGGCCUUCAUGUUGGCGUGGCUGUCUCCAAUCUGGUCGAUCGGCUCAUUUGACUCUUGCGUCCAUAUGAGCGAGGAAGCUAAGCAUGCAGCGAAAGCUGUACCCUUGGGGAUCGUGUUUUCGGCCGGCUCGGCCUGCGUGCUUGGAUUCCUGGUGUUGGCGGUCAUGGCUGCUUCGAUGAACCCGGAUGUUUCUAUGACAAUUAAUAGCAAGUUCGGGCAGCCGAUGGCUCAGGUCUACUACGAUGCUCUCGGCCGCAACGGCGCAUUGGGAUUCAUGAUCGUCCUAUGUGUUAUCCAGUAUCUCAUCGGGCAGAGCCUGAUCGUCGCUGCCUCACGCCAGGCAUGGGCGUUUUCUCGGGAUGGAGCUCUGCCUUUCUCGACUUUCUUCCGCCACAUCAGCACACGAAUCCACUACCAACCCGUUCGCCUCAUCUGCGGGCUCGUGGUAGUAUGCCUGGUCCUCGGCCUUCUAUGCCUAAUUGACAGUGCCGCCGCCAACGCGCUCUUCUCCCUCUUCGUCGCCAGCAACUAUCUCUCGUGGGGCAUGCCGAUUUUCUGCCGCCUCGUCUGGGGCGAGGCGCGCUUUCGACCGGGGGAAUUCUAUACAGGCGCGCUGAGCAAGUCCAUUGCCUCUAUCGCUGUCAUCUAUCUUGUCUUCGGUAUCGUGCUGUCUAUGUUCCCCACGACAGGGCCUAGUCCGUCC